AUGCCUUCCUUCAAGACCUCCGCUGUUGUUUCCGCCCUUGCUGGCGCCGCCACCGUCAUGGCCCACGGCCACGUCAACUACUUCACCGUUGACGGCAAGUACUACCAGGGCUACGAUGUCACCUCUUACCCCUACCAGGCCAGCCCCCCUGAGGUCUACGGAUGGUCCGCCACCAACACCGACAACGGCUUCGUCGAUGCCACCAGCUACUCCAGCGGCGACAUCAUCUGCCACAAGGGCGCCAAGAACGCCGCUCUGACCGCCACCGCCGCCCCCGGCUCCAAGGUCGAGAUCUUCUGGGACACCUGGCCCGAGUCCCACAAGGGCCCCGUCAUCGACUACCUCGCCCCUUGCGGCUCUGACUGCUCUACCGUUGACAAGGCCAGCCUCGAGUUCUUCAAGAUCCAGGAGCAGGGCAAGAUCGACGACUCUCUCCAGAACGGCAAGUGGGCUUCUGAUGUCCUCAUUGCCAACAACAACUCCUGGACCUUGACCAUCCCCAAGAACGUCAAGGCUGGCAAGUACGUCCUCCGCCACGAGAUCAUUGCCCUCCACGCCGCCGGCCAGGAGAACGGUGCCCAGAACUACCCCCAGUGCUUCAACCUCGAGAUCACUGGCUCCGGCUCUGAGGCCCCCGCCGGCACCCUCGGCACCGCCCUCUACAAGGCCAACGACGCCGGCAUCCUCGUCUCCAUCUACAACAACCUGAAGUCCUACGUCAUCCCCGGCCCCAAGAUCGACUCUGCCUUCAGCAGCGGCUCUGGCUCUGACUCCGGCUCUGACUCUCCUGCUCCCUCCGCCACCGCUCCUGCCGCUUCCGCCACUGCCCCCGCUGCCUCUGCCAGCGCCCCUGCUGUCACCUCCGCUGCUCCCGCUGCCACCACCUCCGCUGCCGCUGCCCCCGCUGUUACCUCUGCCGCCGCUGCCCAGCCCACUGGUGGUGCCUCCAAGCCCACCUGCGAGGAGAAGCGCCGCCGCCGUCUUGCGCGCCGCAUGGAGCGCCAGCACGCCCGCGACGUCGUCCGCCGCAACUAA